AAGAGUGUUAGAAAUGAUGAAGAGAGGUGAACUUUGUGAAGAAGAAGAAGAAGAAACUUUGUUUCUCUCACAUUCUCCUUCUUCUCCUACGCAAAACUCAUGGAGCCAUUAUCACAAUCUCUUCCCUGGAGACUCUUCUUCGAGUUCGAGUAGGUUAAGUCUCCGAUCACCGUCUGAUUACUCCCUCUCCAGCUACUUUUCAAACGGACAGUGUAACGGUUCCUCUCAGUUCACGCCAACUACCAAGUAUGAUCAUGGUUUGAGUCUAUGUGAAAGUCUCCUUCAUCGUUUGAACAUCAGAGAAGAAGAAGAACAAGAGUUCAACAAUUACUCUGUUCCAUCCUUCUCUCCUCGGAGAAGCUGCUUGUCUAAUCAUCAUCAAGGAAGCAGCGGUAACAAGAUCCAUCCGAGGCUUCGUGACUUACAGGGAUAUGUUUACUUGAUGGCCAAAGAUCAGCAUGGAUGCAGAUCCUUGCAGAGGGUCCUUGAAGAUGGAUCUUCUAUAGACGCUAUGGUCAUUUUCAACGAGGUGAUUCCUCAUGUUGUUGAGCUUAUGAUAAAUCCCUUUGGGAAUUACUUGAUGCAGAAGUUAUUAGAUGUUUGUAAUGAAGAACAGAGGACAACGAUCAUACUCAUUGUUACUUCAGAACCAGGUCUGCUUGUCCGGAUAGCACUCAACCCUCACGGUACUCGAGUUGUCCAGAGGUUAGUGGAAUCAAUCAAAACCAAGAAGCAGAUUUAUCUAGUGACAUCAGCUUUGAGACCUGGAUUUCACAACCUGGCUAUUAAUGUGAAUGGGAAUCAUGUGAUUCAACGUUGCUUGCAGUGCCUUAUCACACAAGAUAACAAGUUCAUCUUUGAAGAUGCUACUAGGUUCUGCAUUGAUAUCGCCACACAUCAACAUGGAUGCUGUGUUCUACAAAAAUGCGUUGCUUAUUCCACUGGACAACAACGAGAGAAGCUCAUAACCCAAAUCUCUAGAAACAGUCUCUUCCUUGCUCAACACCCUUAUGGGAACUACGCAGUGCAAUUCAUUAUAGAAAUGAGGGAUUUUCAAGCGACUGCCAUGGUUCUUGCGCGGUUAAAAGGACAUUAUGUAGAGCUCUCAAUGCAGAAAUUUAGUAGCCAUUUGGUGGAAAGAUGCUUAACACAUUGUGCAGAGAGCCGUCCUCAGAUAGUGCUUGAACUCAUCUCUGUCUCUCGUUUUGAUCUUCUAAUUCAAGACCCCUAUGCAAAUUUUGUCAUCCAAGCUGCUCUUUCUGUCACCGAGGGUUCACUUCAUGCCUAUCUCAUUGAAGUCAUUAGGCCUCACUCAAAUCUACGUAGAAAUCCUUAUUGCAAAGGAAUUUUCUCAAGAAAUCUCACGAGGAAAUGAAGAUCGUAAAGGCUUCUAAUUAAUCUCUGGUGGUGGUGGGUUGAGCGUUUAACUUCAAAAUCUGCUGUUGUUUUCUUCUUGUCCAAGUUUGUUCUAUGACAAAACUCAAACCUCCUUACUUGGUCUAUCUAAGGCAAUGUCUACUCCCAGACAUAAGACAAUGGUCUUUUCUCUCUUGUUGUUUUUGUUAUUGUCGCAUUUGAUUAGAUCUUGGAAUGAAAUUUUAUGUGGUGGAUAUCAUGUAUUUCUA